AUUUCUUGCACCUUCUCUAUCAUAUAUCCGGUCGGGGACGCUGCACCAUGGAUCUUGUCGCAAAGAACGAGGAAACGGACAUCGCGAAGAUCACCCUCUACACGUUCAGUGCGUUCGUGCCCAUACUCGAGGAGCGCAAGGAGGAGAUAUUCAAGAUAGAGAGGAAGACGUUCAAGUAUGGCACGAAGAACCGACACCACCUAGACGUCUAUUACCCGCCCAACCCGUCCAAAACCGCAAACGGCAAGACACCGAUCCUAUUCUUCAUCUACGGCGGCGGCUUCAACAACGGCUCGCGGCAGCUGCCCGAGCCGUACUCGAUGGGCUACCGCGCGCUCGGCGCCUUCUUCGCGAACCGCGGCUUCCUCGUCGUCGUCCCCGACUACCGCCUCGUGCCCGAGGUGCGCUACCCCGCCGCCUCGCAGGACAUCCGCGACGCGCUCGUCUGGGUCUCCGACAACACCGCCGCGCUCGUCGACCCCGCCGCGGGCGGGCUCACCGCGCCGGGCGUGGAGCCCGACGCGGAGUACGUGUUCGUGCUGUCGCACUCGGCGGGGUCCGUGCACACGAAGGUGAUGGCGCUGCACCCCGAUAUACGCGGGACGCUGCCAAGCGGGAUCCGCGGGUACCUGUGGUCCGCGGGCGCGUGGUACAUCGACGUCCAGGGGGAGAGCUUCACCAAGGAGGGCCCGCCCCGCUUCUACUUCGGCACGCCGGAGCAGCAGCGCGAGCGUGAGCCGCGCGCGUUGUGGAAGAACUUGAAUGAGGAGGAGGUGCAGGCGUUUCCUGAGGUGGUGCUUGUGCAUGCGGAGCGCGAGCCGCAGUGGUUGUUGGAUACGGAGGUGGUGAUGGCGAAGGAUCUGGAGGAGAGGCUUGGGAAGCCGGUGAAGAAGAUUGUGUCGAAGGGGCAUAAUCAUAUUAGCCCGAACUGGGCCCUGUCGUCGGGCCAGGGCGAGGAGUGGGGGUAUGAGGUGUCGGAGUGGAUUCACGAGCGUAUUGGCACGCCCGCAUGAUCGUGGCCCCAAGAGAGUAGCCAAGGGUUAUUGAAGUAUGCCAGGGUGUAACAUUUCUACUUGAGAUUGUAUCAUGAUUGUUUCC